CAACAGCAACAACAACCUGAAAGUACGCGGCGUCUGUUCGGGGUCGUUGUUUAUUUUGCUGCAUUUUCACGGAAAAUGUGCUAAAUCUGUGUAAAUUAAGUGUGAUUUAUCGUGCAAAAGGCAUACUCAAAUUGUAACUGUUCAAGCUGUUGGCCUGUGGCAAGUUGUGUACAAAAUCAGAGGUAAAAAAUAGUUCUAACGGGCCAAACAUGGAAACGCCGCUGAAGAACAAAGUUUUGUCCAAACUGCAUCAAGGGGAUGGCUUCCUGACACCGGCGGCCAGUUCCUCCGGGAAUGAUCGGUCCAGUCGGCACCUGACCAGCGUCACAAAGCUGCCAUCGUCUCCAUUCCUGACAAAGCUGGGCUUCGGAACGGGUGUUGAAGUACUUCGAAUAAGACGGUCUCCGACGAAAAAUGCCACCCGUUCGCCAUGGGCCAUCAAGAUGCUGUCACGACGGAACGAUCCGGAGCAUGCAAAACUGUUCGGGGAUCGACUCACCGAAGAAGCGGGCAUUCUGAAGAACCUUGACCACCCGAACAUCGUCGGUUAUCGGGGCUUCGACUCACUGGAGGCGGGAAAAGAAUACAUUGCGAUGGAGUAUUGCAACACAUCGCUGGGAGAGCUGCUACAGGCACGAUAUGCCGAGGGCUUGGGACCGCUGGAGGCACACAAGAUUCAACGUAUGUCGUUGGACACAUUGAACGCAUUGGAUUACCUGCACACGGAAGCGUUGAUCCUUCAUGGGGACUUGAAAUCGUUCAACAUAUUAGUUAAGAAUGAUUUCGGGAUUUGCAAGCUGUGCGACUUCGGCGUCAGUUUGCCGUUGACGAAGGAAGGCUUUCUGGAUACGGAAAAGAAGAAGGACGCCCAGUACGUGGGAACGGGCAUCUGGUCUGCCCCGGAAGUGCUGGAGGAAGACGUUACACUGAUCAGCUCCAAGGCGGACAUUUUCAGCUUUGGGUUGGUGGUUUACGAAACGAUUACCCUGCUGCCGCCGCACACGUUCACGGGAAUGAUGGACGAGAGCAUUGCCAGUUCGGCGGAUUAUGCCGUGAUGAAGUCGAUCAUUCGGGGCAAUGCCGAUGGAAAGCCAACCAACCGGAAGCUGGAUGUUAGCGAGGUGAUUGUGCUGGAUGAUGAAACCGAAGACGAGAAGGAUGUUUCCGUGACCGUAAAAAAGAGAAAGCUCAGCAAAACGCUGGAGGGAGAACAACCGCCAAAGAAGGUUGCUUCGACGGAACCGGACUCUACGACGGGCCAGGUGAUUACGGUGCCCGACGACAGUAUUACGCAGGUGGACGAUAGUACCAUCACUAUCGACGACGACGAUGAUGAAGAUGAAGAUGAAGAUGAGGAUGAGGAUGAAGAUGAGGAUGAGGAUGAAGACGAUGAGGAUGAGGAGGAACCCGAAGACGAAGACGAGGAAGAGGAAGAAGAGUACGAUGAAGACGACGAGGGAGAUUAUUUGGACUACGGACGGCUAGGCACGCGGCCGGCCAUUCCGGAUGCAAUCCAGCUGUCCGACGAUUAUAAUUUUAUACUGGAGGUGUUCUACGUGUGCACUCAGGAGGAUUACGAGGCGAGACCAUCUGCCAGGACGCUACUCGAUGCUUGGCAGAAGAAAACCGGCACCGGUGAGGAACCGACGGCAGCGAGUGAAGAUAAGCUGAACGAUAAAGCACUGGAUGAAAAGGAAGGUAAGGAAUAAUCGUUGCCGUGUGUUGCCGGGUAAGUUUGCUUUCAAAAAUCCAGUUUUCGACGUUUAUCCGCAUGGGACGGACAAAAUAUAUUUUCGACAGUUCAAACAACUAA